AUGCGACCCUCCGGGACCGCGGGAGCCGCGCUCCUGCUGCUGCUGGCUGCGCACUUCCAGGCGAGUCCGGCGCUGGAGGAGAAGAAAGUUUGCCAAGGCACAAGUAACCGGCUCACCCAGUUGGGCACUUUUGAGGACCACUUUCUCAGCCUGCAGAGGAUGUUUAAUAACUGUGAGGUGGUCCUUGGGAAUUUGGAAAUCACCUACAUGCAAAGGAAUUAUGACCUUUCCUUCUUAAAAACCAUCCAAGAGGUUGCCGGCUAUGUACUCAUUGCCCUCAACACAGUGGAGAAGAUUCCUUUGGAAAACCUGCAGAUCAUCCGAGGAAAUGUGCUCUAUGAAAACACCCAUGCCUUAUCCGUCUUAUCCAACUAUGGCACAAAUAAAACCGGACUGCGGGAGCUGCCCAUGAGAAACUUACAUGAAAUCCUGCAAGGCGCUGUGCGGUUCAGCAACAACCCUGUCCUCUGCAACGUGGAAACCAUCCAGUGGCGGGAUAUCGUUGACAACGAUUUCAUAAGCAACAUGUCGAUGGACUUCCAGAACCACGUGGGCAACUGCCAAAAGUGUGAUCCAGGAUGUCCCAAUGGAAGCUGCUGGGGUCCGGGAAAGGAGAAUUGCCAGAAAUUGACCAAAAUCAUCUGCGCCCAGCAGUGUUCCGGGCGCUGCCGCGGCAGGUCCCCCAGCGACUGCUGCCAUAACCAGUGUGCUGCCGGCUGCACGGGGCCCCGAGAGAGCGACUGCCUGGUCUGCCGCAAGUUCCGGGAUGAAGCCACGUGCAAGGACACCUGCCCGCCACUCAUGCUCUACAACCCCACCACCUACCAGAUGGACGUCAACCCAGAGGGAAAAUACAGCUUUGGUGCCACCUGUGUGAAGAAAUGCCCCCGUAACUAUGUGGUGACAGACCACGGUUCGUGUGUCCGUGCCUGCAGUUCUGAUAGCUACGAAGUGGAGGAAGAUGGCGUCCGCAAGUGUAAAAAGUGUGAAGGGCCUUGCCGUAAAGUUUGUAAUGGAAUAGGAAUUGGUGAAUUUAAAGACACACUUUCCAUCAAUGCUACAAAUAUUAAACACUUCAAAAAUUGCACCUCGAUCAGUGGAGAUCUUCAUAUCCUGCCAGUAGCAUUUAGAGGUGACUCCUUCACGCAUACUCCACCUCUAGAUCCAAAGGAACUGGAUAUUCUAAAAACUGUAAAGGAAAUUACAGGGUUUUUGCUGAUUCAGGCCUGGCCUGAAAACAGGACUGACCUCCAUGCUUUCGAGAACCUAGAAAUCAUACGUGGAAGAACAAAGCAACAUGGUCAGUUUUCUCUUGCGGUUGUCGGCCUGGACAUAACGUCCUUGGGAUUACGCUCCCUCAAGGAGAUAAGUGAUGGAGAUGUGAUCGUUUCAGGAAACCAAAAAUUGUGCUAUGCAAAUACAAUAAACUGGAAAAAACUGUUUGGGACUUCAAGUCAGAAAACCAAAAUUAUAAACAACAAAGAUGAAAAAGGCUGCAAGGCCAUAGGCCAUGUCUGUCAUCCGUUAUGCUCAUCAGAGGGAUGCUGGGGCCCAGAGCCGAAAGACUGCGUGUCCUGCCAAAACGUCACCCGUGGCAAGGAAUGUGUGGAGAAGUGCAAUGUUCUGGAGGGGGAGCCAAGGGAGUUUGUGGAGAAUUCUGAGUGCAUACAGUGCCAUCCAGAAUGCCUGCCCCAGGCCAUGAAUAUCACCUGCACAGGACGAGGACCAGACAGCUGCGUGCAGUGUGCACACUACAUUGACGGCCCUCACUGCGUCAAGACCUGCCCAGCUGGCAUCAUGGGAGAAAACAACACCCUGGUCUGGAAGUUUGCAGACGCCAAUCGCAUGUGUCACCUGUGCCAUUCAAACUGUACCUACGGCUGUUCUGGGCCAGGUCUUGAAGGCUGUGCAACAGAUGGGCCCAAGAUCCCAUCCAUCGCCACUGGGAUUGUUGGGGGCCUCCUCUUGGUGGUGGUGGUGGCCCUUGGGGUGGGCCUCUUUCUGCGCCGACGCCACAUCGUCCGCAAGCGCACACUUCGCAGACUGCUGCAGGAAAGAGAGCUUGUUGAGCCUCUUACGCCCAGCGGAGAAGCUCCCAACCAAGCUCUCUUGAGGAUCUUAAAGGAAACAGAAUUCAAAAAGAUCAAGGUGCUGGGCUCUGGAGCAUUUGGCACAGUGUACAAGGGACUCUGGAUCCCAGAAGGUGAGAAGGUUAAAAUUCCCGUGGCCAUCAAGGAGUUACGAGAAGCCACAUCUCCAAAAGCCAACAAGGAAAUCCUUGAUGAAGCUUACGUGAUGGCCAGUGUGGACAAUCCCCACGUGUGCCGCCUCCUGGGCAUCUGCCUGACGUCCACGGUCCAGCUCAUCACACAGCUCAUGCCCUUCGGCUGCCUCCUGGACUAUGUCCGAGAGCACAAGGACAACAUUGGCUCCCAGUACCUGCUCAACUGGUGUGUGCAGAUUGCGAAGGGCAUGAACUACCUGGAAGACCGGCGCUUGGUGCACCGUGACCUGGCAGCCAGGAAUGUCCUGGUGAAGACGCCACAGCAUGUCAAGAUCACAGAUUUUGGGCUGGCCAAACUGCUUGGCGCCGAGGAGAAAGAAUACCAUGCGGAAGGAGGCAAAGUGCCUAUCAAGUGGAUGGCUUUGGAAUCAAUUUUACACCGAAUUUACACCCACCAAAGUGACGUCUGGAGCUAUGGAGUCACCGUUUGGGAGUUGAUGACCUUUGGGUCUAAACCUUACGACGGAAUCCCCGCAAGUGAGAUCUCGACCAUCCUGGAGAAAGGAGAGCGCCUCCCACAGCCACCCAUAUGCACCAUCGAUGUCUACAUGAUCAUGGUCAAGUGCUGGAUGAUAGAUGCAGACAGUCGCCCGAAAUUCCGUGAGUUGAUCAUUGAAUUCUCCAAAAUGGCCCGAGACCCCCAGCGCUACCUUGUCAUCCAGGGAGAUGAGAGAAUGCAUCUGCCAAGCCCUACAGACUCCAAUUUUUACCGCGCCCUGAUGGACGAAGAAGACAUGGAAGACGUCGUAGAUGCCGAUGAGUACCUCAUCCCCCAGCAAGGCUUCUUCCACAGCCCCUCCACAUCCCGGACCCCCCUCCUGAGUUCUCUGAGUGCCACCAGCAACAAUUCCACCGUGACUUGCAUCGAUAGAAAUGGGAGCUGCCCCCUCAAGGAAGACAGCUUCUUGCAGCGGUACAGCUCAGACCCCACUGGCACCUUGACUGAGGACAACAUGGAUGACACUUUCCUCCCGGCACCUGAAUACAUAAACCAGGCUGUUCCCAAAAGGCCUGCGGGUUCCGUCCAGAACCCCGUCUAUCACAAUCAGCCUCUAAAUCCAGCUCCUGGCAGAGACCCUCACUACCAAAAUCCCCACAGCAAUGCAGUGGACAACCCUGAGUAUCUCAACACCCACCCCACUUGCGUCAACAGUGUGCUCGAUGGCCCCACCCUCUGGGCCCAGAAAGGCAACCACCAGAUUAGCCUGGACAACCCUGACUACCAGCAGGACUUCUUUCCCAAGGAAGCCAAGUCAAAUGGCAUCUUUAAGGGUCCUGCAGCUGAAAAUGCAGACUACCUAAGGGUAGCACCGCCCAGCAGUGAAUUUAUUGGAGCAUGACCACGGAGGAUUGUGUUGGCCAUCACAAUCUCCAAUGUUUCAGUCCCUGGGUCAAGCCACGGCAGCUACUCAGUGCUGAUAGUCAUGCCCACGUUAACUCUUGGACCCGUGGACUGGUUCAGCCAUAUUUGCUCCGAUGGGACCCAUCUUUCGUGCAGGAAGUUCCCCCUACUUGGAUGCACUUUGGGGAAGUUUCUGGGACAUUCCUUUGUCUUC